UUUCCGGCGUGGGUGGUGCGGCGGAAGCUGCCGGGGUAGUGUGUGUGCCACACGAGGAGGGUCGCGGAGAUUGCGGCCAUGGCCUCUCUGCUCGCUAAGGACGCCUACCUGCAGGGUCUGGCCAGGAAAAUCUGCUGUCAGCCCAGCCCGGAGCCGCAGAAACGCAAGUCCGCCAGCAAAACUCAAGGCUCAGAAGCUGCUGGGCCCCCAAAAAAGAAGAGGAAGAAAGCGCAGAAGAAAUCCCGGGAGCGGGAAAAGGCUGUGGAGCUGAAGACCCAGGCUCUAGGGGAAAAGUCUCCAGCAUCUUCCAGGGACAAAAAGCCAGCAGUACCUGAGGAGGGAGAGGCCUUCAGCUCCAUGGGAUCUCCAGCAGAUGGGGAUGUGGAGCAGGGCCAGCUGAGAUCAGGGGUGUUCUGUUCUGGAGGAUGUCUUAGGGGCCAUUCCAGCCUGAAGAGGUGGAGUAAAAUUUACUGGAACUGCCCUGCAGAUACUCUGGUCACAGAGCUUGACUCUCUGUUUGCCCUGGAUGUUGUGCGGCAGCGGCUACAUGAAAAAAUGCGGGAGGCCCGGGGCCAGGUGAGUGGGGAGGCCGCUGGGGUUCAGGGAGCAGUGUGGUUUCCUGCAGUGGUUUCCCUGCUCUGCCUGGAGGAGAAGGUGCCUUGGUGCUCUUUGUGGGGUUGGCUCCCAGCUCUGCCAGCUAUUGUAGGGCUGACCGGAGGGACAUCAGCUGCUUUUCCCACCCCUGUAGCGGGUCCUGCCAGGGCCUUGGCAGCUUUGUUUGGCAAGAGAUCAGGUGUGGUUUGUGGCUUCUCGGGGAGCCUGCAUUCCCAGCGUCACUUGCCUUGUAUGAUCUGUGCUGGGCUGCAGAUUCCUUGUGCCCUCGAAAGAGGCUCAGCCUCCUCUCUCUGGAAAGCUGCCUUUGCUGAACAUACCAGGCAGCACUUCUGUCCCCCGAAGUGUCAUGACAGCCCUGUAAGUUAGGCGAGGACCUGAGAUGAGGUGAUCUGCACAGGGAGCACCAGACCUGAACCGGCUUGGGCUGUUUGUGCUAGCAUUGUAGUUCUCCCACUCAGCCACCACCUGCCCUUUCCUGGGGACAUGCCCUGGGCCUCUUGCUGGGUGGGGACGGUCCCCCAGCUUCUUUGUGCAUCUGCCUGGGGAUAAGCCCGGGGGUCAUUCCUAAGGAGUGGUCCAAGCUCCGGGCCUGGUCCUUCUGCACACAGGUCUGGGUCAGCCUGGUCUAGGGUUCUCUUGUUAGCCUCUAGAAGGAAGGGGUCAGGGAUGUCACCAGCAGAAUGGUGCCAUGGUCAGCACAGGCACUGGGUCAUUCUGACCUCAUGCCACGUUCUAGUUGGUGGCUUUGGUUAAGCGUGUUGUUUUCAUCUAUGAAGUGAUGCAGGAUAUGUUCCCUAU